AUGGCUCCAAAACGAAGGUUAAGUUCAGACGAUGAUGCCGGAGGCUUGCCUCUACAAAAAAGGCGGAUAACUGAGCUUCUCGCUGCCCUCUCAGAUCGAGGGGAAACAAAUGGCUCCAAAGUCAAUCACGCCGAUCUUGUAGAACACCAUGAACCUCAGGCUAAUGGUACGGUCAACUCUUCGCGCCAUAAGCGACCCGCCCCAGACAUGGAAGAAAGCUCUCUGCCAGAGCGUAACGCUAAGCGACCAGCACUUAAUACGACCCACGGGAAGUCUGCCGAGUACGAGAGUAGACUGAAGAUAUAUCAGAUGCUCCAUGAAUGCACGCACUGGGACGCUUUUUGCUACAUCUUGAAUACGGCUCAUGAGCUUGGCGACAUGACGUUAGCCCUGACCCUUCAUGACUCUCCUUCAGCCAUGCGUCUCAAGGCCCUAAAACAGCUAAGACCAGAAUGGAGGGAAAGAUUGAUUGAGUUGGUUAGCGACAUUGAACAUGAAAAAGAGCUUUUCGAUCCUAGAUCUCUCUUUCCUACAGUCGUUACCGAUUCAUUCCUCGACUUUCUAUCCAUUUCAAAUGCCAACAUGCGAGGGAAGGCCAUCGUGAGCAAAGUCCUUGAAGGCGAUAUGCCUCACGUUGGCCCAUGCCCAUGCGUUCCGGCGUCUGAUCUGACUUAG